AUGGCAGCUGCUUCGUUCCGCUACGGCAUGACCAUCACCGGGGCCGUGCUGCUGGUGACAGGGACGCUGUGCUUUGCCUGGUGGAGUGACGGGGAGGUGGGCACCCCGGCCACCACCGGGACUCAUCUCCUGCCUCCCCGGGAAGCUGAGGUGGUUCCCAGCUCCUCCUCCAGCGCCCUGCUCCGUUCCAUCAGCUUCUUCUGCUGCGGCAUUGGGGGCAUCCUCCUCCUCUUUGGGCUCCUCUGGUCCGUCAAGGCCAACGCCAGGGUGGUUUCUCGUCGCUACCAGUACCAUUUCCCCAGGGACCUGCAGUACUUCACUGCAGAACCUCUGGAGAAGUGGAACUGCAGCACCUGGGAUUCCAGUGCCAUCCCUACAUAUGAAGAAGCCCUGACCUGCAGACCUGCCCACGCUGCCCCAGCUUACGUCCAACCCACGGGGAGAAAGGAGGAGCUCACACCACCCCUCUACCACUACCUGGAGGAGGAGGAGGAGCCCUGGCAGGGUGGACACCGGCGCAGCUCCUCCGACAGCGCCUUGUUCCGCCCCAGCCCCUCCUGGCUGGAGCCCCAGCACCCCGAGGAGCUGCAGGCAACACCUCCCCCCAGCUAUGAAAACAUCAGUGUCCGGGGGGUCUGAGCCAGGACUCUCUGGGUGGCUGCCUGGUCCCUUGGCUUUGAACC